GACGCACUGAAUUAUUCUGAGAAGGAAUAUACACGCAUACACUCUUCCGCUGCAAGAUCCGACCGAUUGAAUUCAUUGUUCAAGACAUUUUUCUCUGAAAGGAAACAGCUGUGAAAGAAAUGAAAGUGUGGAGAGUUCGGUUUCUGUACUUUCUGGUGUUGAAUGCAGCUGUGCAGUAUGUGACGUCUCUGGAAGAAGAGCUCGCCGAUUCUAUUUUUGGUAACUUCCUCGACCCUCUGAAAGACUUGUUGGACCACAAGGAUGACAGCAAUCAAACCGUCGCCAAAUUCUCCCUCCGCAAACCAUCCCACCCCGAUGAUGACCUGUGCUACAUCGAACCCGGCAAACCCGACUCCCUGGCAGCCUGCACCUUCAACAGCACCUCCAAAACCUUCCUGGUCAUCCACGGAUGGACGUUGAGUGGGAUGUUUGAGAGCUGGGUGGAGAAGCUGGUGUCGGCGCUGUACGACCGAGAGAAGACGGCCAACGUCAUCGUGGUGGACUGGCUCACCUCGGCACAGAACCACUAUGUGGUCGCAGCCCAGAACACCAAAGCGGUGGGACGCGAGAUCGCUCGCUUCAUCGACUGGAUCGAGGAAACCACCAACAUGCCUCUCGAGAACAUCCACCUGAUUGGCUACAGCCUCGGGGCUCAUGUGGCAGGAUUCGCUGGAAGCCACGCCACCAAUAAAGUCGGAAGAAUAACUGGCCUGGACCCAGCUGGUCCCGACUUUGAGGGAGAGCACGCCCACAGGCGUCUGUCCCCUGACGACGCUCACUUCGUGGACGUCCUCCACACGUUCACGCGAGGCUCCCUGGGGCUCAGCAUCGGGAUCGAGCAGCCGGUCGGACACGUAGACAUUUACCCCAACGGAGGCAGCUUCCAGCCAGGCUGCAACCUCAGAGGGGCCCUGGAGAAGAUCGCUAACUUGGGCUUAUUUGCUAUUACCGAUGCAGUGAAGUGCGAACACGAGCGCUCGGUGCACCUGUUCAUCGACUCUCUACUGAACGAGCGGGAAGCGCCCACGGCCUACAGGUGCGGCAGCAACGACAUGUUUGACCGCGGCAUGUGUCUCAGUUGCCGCAAAAGCCGCUGCAACGCAGUGGGCUACGACAUCAGCAAGGUCCGCAAGGCGCGCAACGUUCAGAUGUACACCAAGACACGAGCCUCCAUGCCCUUCAGAGUUUACCACUAUCAGCUGAAGAUCCACUUCUCCAGUAAGGUGAAUCGUUCGGAGAUGGAGCCGUCACUCACUGUCUCGCUGUUUGGGACAAAAGGAGAGGCGGAAAACUUGGAGCUUAAACUAAAGGAGAAGUUAGCGACGAAUAAGACGCAUUCAUUCCUGCUCGUGACGGAGAAAGAUAUCGGAGAGCUGUUGAUGUUGAAGUUUAAAUGGGAGGAGACGAACGGCUGGUCGGCCUCCAACAUGUUGAAGAUGGUUUCUUCUUGGUGGUCCGGCGACUCCGACGGCACCAACAUGGAGGUUCACAAGAUCCGCAUCCGAGCUGGAGAGACUCAACAAAAGAUGGUGUUCUGUGUAAAAGACAAUGAAGCUCAGAAACUAACACAAGAGGUCACAUUUGUUAAAUGUAAGGAUACGUGGAGGACGAACCCGAAACAAACUCCUAAAAGAGUCCCUCUGCAGAAGCACUGACCUCGUGUUCAACGCCCUUCAGUCCAUUUCAGCGCUUAUAAUUUAUACGCACGUAACUUAUUUUAUCUCUGAAAUGGUACAAAACUCUCACCGCCUCGUGCACGUCUGCAAAAGUACGUUUGUUAUUUAAAAACAAUAUGUGUGUGAAUACUGUAAAAUAUUUUGUACAGAGCUGUUUUUAUGACUUGAUUGUUGCACAAAAGAGUAAAUGCCAUCGUCUUUUGGAGCAUGUUUUGCAUCCAAAGAUACUUCGGUGCUGACGUCCCAUUGUGUAAAAUACCUCAAGUUAAAUAUCAUGAUUAUCGCGACCUCUGUGACGAUAUCCUCUCGAGGUCUGCAGACACAAAGAAAGAGGGGAAACGAACCGCUGAGAUGAAUUUCUUCAGGUGUUUUAUGCGACCGGGUUCAGUUCAUUCACCUUUCUGUGUUAUCUGACUAACAGAGCAUUCACCACUGUGGCUCGCAGCACUGUACGUGACUGUGGGACCCGUAACAGUGUGCCUUAUUGUAAACUCGCAGGAAGUAAAGCUGUUGCAAAUUGAACUUGUCUUAACUUAGUUGUUGUUUUUAACCUCAGUGUGCUUUAUCGUUGUUUUAAACAUUUUGUUUUCACUGCUACACCUCUGCACGGUUACUUUGAAGCUAUUACCUCAAAGAAUCACCUGACAUGUUGUCCACCAUAGUUAUACUGCAGUUUUAAGAGGUACGUGACGCUGGAAAGCAAAAUAUCGAUGUUCUUUUGGUGCAUUUACUUUCACGACUCGUUCUUCUGUGCAUGUGACCUUUUAAAUCGUGACUAAUGCUCUUUUAUUCAUAUGUACAUUUCCAGUUCUGCGAGCCAUAUCUAAUGGCUCUUUAGAGAUCGGUACUGUAAAAUCAUUGUGACUUCAUUUGGAAAUGUUUUACUUUUGCACUGAAAACAGGGGAAGAGAUUAAUAUACUAAGUUUAAUGUACAGUUAUGUAAAUACCAUAAUACAGAUGAUAGAUUUUUUUGUAGUAUGGAACACUGUUAGUUAUAUAUUUUUACCUCUUGGAUGAAUUUAACCUGUAAAAUGUUCUAUAAUCUUUUGUACAUACUUGUAAAUAUUCACUGUACUGUAUAAAUUCCUUAAUAAACCAAAACUGCAAUCUGA